AUGAAAGGUAUCAUCCUAGCGGGUGGCUUAGGCACUCGUUUAUAUCCUUUGACAAAAGUUAUAUCAAAACAUCUUUUACCGAUAUAUGAUAAACCGAUGAUUUACUAUCCUUUAUCUAUAUUAAUGAUGGCUGAUAUAAAGCAAAUUUUAAUUAUAACAACAUCAACUGAUUAUGAUCAAUAUAGACGAUUAUUAGAAAACGGUACUCAACUUGGAUGUGACUUUCAAUAUGCUAUACAGGAUCAGCCAGAUGGAAUAGCACAAGCAUUCGUUAUAGGAGAAAAAUUUAUUGGUAAUGAUAAUGUUGCUUUGAUACUUGGUGAUAAUUUCUUUUAUGGUAUGGAUCUCAGUUGUCAUCUAAAAACAUUAAAUAAUGUUGAUGGAGCCUAUAUAUUCGCCUAUGAAGUAUCCGAUCCUCAUCGUUACGGUAUCAUAGAACUUGAUCAUAAUGAUAAACCUAUUUCUAUUGAAGAAAAACCAAAAAAUCCGAAAUCAAAUUACGCCAUAACUGGUUUAUACUUUUUUGAUAACGAUGUUAUAAACAUAGCAAAAAAUUUGCAACCAUCACAUAGAGGUGAAUAUGAAAUUACAGAUAUAAAUAACAUAUAUUUUCAACGAAAUAAGUUACAUGUUAUAAAAUUAGAUAAAAUAGUAGUUUGGUUUGAUAUGGGAACAUUUCAAUCAUUAAAUGAUGCUUCACAAUUUGUCCGUUCAUUAGAAAUUGAAAACGGUCGAAAAAUUGGUUGCAUUGAAGAAGUAGCAUACAAAAAAAAUUAUAUUGAUAAAUAUCAAUUAAAAAGAUUGAGUGAACCUUUAAUUAAUAGUGGCUAUGGAAUAUAUUUACAACAUAUUAUCAAUAGAACGUAG